AUGUACACGAGCUGCAUGUGUACCAGCUGCUCGCAAAUGACCCGGGACAAAAUAGCGCUGCUCUUUUUACAGCUUUCAUGGACAAUUCAUCAUGUCGCAGGGAUUGACAGGCAUGACAUUUAUCCGUACGGGAUGUUUUACGGCGAUGUGACUCUGCAAGAGGGAGACGAUGAGACCUCCAAAGUGAUCACGCUCAGCAAACCCAUGCACUUCUAUGAGGCGCCCUUCACUAACUUAUAUGUGACCACCAAUGGAAUCAUCUCAACUCAGGAUCUUCCCAUGGAGAAGCAGUAUGUGGACGACGGCUUUCCCACCGACUUCCCCGUCAUCGCCCCCUUCCUGGCCGACAUUGACACCAGCAAAGGAAAAGGAUCCAUCUACUACCGGCAGACGGAGUCUCCCACCGUGCUGAAGCGUGCAGAAGCGGAUGUCAAAAGAGGCUUUCCAGAUGCCACGUUCAGCCCUACCCAUGCCUUUAUCGCCACCUGGGAGAAUGUGUCAGCUUAUGAGGAGGUCGCGCGCAGCUCUAGCCCAUCCGAUCGGGUAAACACGUUCCAAGUGGUGCUCGCUUACAAUGAGAAGGACACUUAUGCGCUCUUCCUAUACCCUGAGGACGGCCUGCAGUUUUUUGGGACACGGCCCAAAGAGUCUUACAAUGUUGAAAUUGAGCUUCCAGCGCGUGUGGGCUUUUCCAGAGGAGAGAUUUCCUACUUGCUUUUUUCUCGGACAGAAGGGCCGUAUUACAGCCUCACCACCAAUGAGCAGUCUGUCAAGAACCUGUACCAAAAGGGAAACAUAGGAGAGCCCGGAGUUUGGCUCUUCCAUGUUGGAAGCCUUUAUUCCUUCCAGAAUGUCGUUCCUGCACAGCAAGAGGCCGUUUCAAGCAAAUCUCCCGCUGUCCUGGACACUGUGUUCCCUGAUGAAGACUACACAGACGAGGAGGAGUACGAUCCCAUCGACCCAGACUUUCAGGAUCCCACAACAACAGAGUUUCUGGAGCCUGAGUCGGACUCCUCUCUGCUGGAGCGUCUAAACCAGGAGACUCCCCUGGGUCAGUCUCCACUGCAGCCUUCAGUGUCGGGUCCAGAAGAUCUUCCCCAGCCGGAUCCUCAUCAUGUUCAACCUGAGGACAACACUCAGCCCCAGUGGCCCUUACCAAAACAUGCUAUUCUGCAGGUGUACCCGAAUCGCGCGAAGGACAUCCCAACUCACCCUUCUGAUGGCCAGGUGUUCAGUGUUGAGGAGAAAGUAGACUUUGAUUCUGGAGUGAUCCAUUACUCGACAGAUAAUAAAGAGACGUGUGAGCGUUUCCAGCAGCAGUGCAGUCUGAACGCUCACUGCACAGAUCACUCCACCGGCUUCUGCUGUCACUGCAACUCCGGCUUUUACGGCAACGGCCGCCACUGCCUGCCAAACGGUGCACCUCAGCGUGUGAAUGGAAAAGUCAGAGGGACUGUUCUAGUUGGUGGGACGGCAGUGGAUCUGGGAAACAUCGACCUGCAUGCCUAUAUCGUGGUGGGCGAUGGACGAGCAUACACCGCUAUCAGUGAGGUGCCGGAGCCGGCAGGCUGGGCCCUCAUGCCCGUGGCCCCCAUCGGAGGUCUGUUUGGUUGGCUCUUCGCCCUGGAGCUGCCAAACAGCCUUAAUGGCUUCAGUAUCACCGGUGCUGAAUUCGUUCGGCGUGCUGAUGUGACCUUCUCUCCUGGUAACCAGCGUCUCAGCAUCGUCCAGACAGCCACAGGUUUGGAUAACCAGAACUACCUCAAUGUGGACACUCAUUUACAGGGCAGCGUUCCCUUCAUCCCUCCUGGUGCCACAGUGCAGAUGGAGCCGUUUAAGGACACCUACCAGUAUUACCCUUCAUUGAUUACUUCCACAUCGGUACGUGAGUUCAAAGUCGUGUCAGCUGAAAACGGAGCAGAAACCUUCACUUUCCAAGUUAAGCAGAACAUCACAUACAGGGACUGCAGUCAUGGGCCCCGCAGCAGACUGGAGACGCUGGAGCUGAAGAUGGAGCGUGUAUUUGUUAUGUACGUCAGAGAGGAGCGCAUCCUUCGAUACGCCAUCACCAACAAGAUCGGACCACUUGGAGCUGUAGAUUCUGAGCCAGAAAACGUGAACCCCUGUUACUCUGGAAAUCAUGACUGUGACACAACCGCUCGAUGUGUGCCAGGUGAAGGACAGAUGUUUUCAUGCCAAUGUGCCACAGGUUACAGAGGAGACGGACGCAACUGUUAUGAUGUGGAUGAGUGUGCAGAAGGUCUGAGCUCUUGUGGUGCUCACUCUCACUGUGUGAAUCUGCCUGGAAGCCAUCGCUGUCAGUGUGAGAGCGGAUUCCAGUUUGGAAUUGACGGACGCACGUGUCAGGAUGUGGACGAGUGUGGUGAGCAGCCGUGUCACGCCCAGGCCUUGUGCUCAAACAGUCCAGGAUCUUUCCGGUGCCAGUGCCAACCGGGAUACCAUGGAGAUGGUUUCCAGUGCCACUCUCAAAAUGGUCAUCCCAAGACCCACUGUGAGCAGCACAGAGACAGUCUUCAGAGUGGAAACGGUGGCGUUCCGGCGGUCGGAGCCUUCAUCCCUCAGUGUGAUGAGGAGGGUCAGUACAGGCCACUGCAGUGCCACGGCUCCACUGGACACUGCUGGUGUGUGGACAGUAGAGGGCAGGAGAGAGCAGGAACCAGAACUCCACCUGGAUCACCACCUAGAAACUGCGACGAACCUGUUCGUCCCAAGACCCACUGUGAGCAGCACAGAGACAGUCUUCAGAGUGGAAACGGUGGCGUUCCUGCGCUCGGAGCCUUCAUCCCUCAGUGUGAUGAGGAGGGUCAGUACAGUCCGCUGCAGUGCCACGGCUCCACUGGACACUGCUGGUGUGUGGACAGUAGAGGGCAGGAGAGAGCAGGAACCAGAACUCCACCCGGAUCGCCCAGAGUAAACUGUGAUCAACCUGUUCGUCCCAAGACCCACUGUGAGCAGCACAGAGACAGUCUUCAGAGUGGAAACGGUGGCGUUCCUGCAGUCGGAGCCUUCAUCCCUGAGUGUGAUGAGGAGGGUCAGUACAGGCCGCUGCAGUGCCACGGCUCCACUGGACACUGCUGGUGUGUGGAUAGUAGAGGGCAGGAGAGAGCAGGAACCAGAACUCCACCCGGAUCGCCCAGAGUAAACUGUGAUCAACCUGUUCGUCCCAAGACCCACUGUGAGCAGCACAGAGACAGUCUUCAGAGUGGAAACGAUGGUGUUCCUGUGGUCGGAGCCUUCAUCCCUCAGUGUGAUGAGGAGGGUCAGUACAGGCCACUGCAGUGCCACGGCUCCACUGGACACUGCUGGUGUGUGGACAGUAGAGGGCAGGAGAGAGCAGGAACCAGAACUCCACCCGGAUCGCCCAGAGUAAACUGUGAUCAACCUGUUCGUCCCAAGACCCAUUGUGAGCAGCACAGAGACAGUCUUCAGAGUGGAAACGAUGGUGUUCCUGCGGUCGGAGCCUUCAUCCCUCAGUGUGAUGAGGAGGGUCAGUACAGGCCGCUGCAGUGCCAUGGCUCCACUGGACACUGCUGGUGUGUGGACAGUAGAGGGCAGGAGAGAGCAGGAACCAGAACUCCACCUGGAUCGCCCAGAGUAAACUGUGAUCAACCUGUUCGUCCCAAGACCCACUGUGAGCAGCACAGAGACAGUCUUCAGAGUGGAAACGAUGGUGUUCCUGCGGUCGGAGCCUUCAUCCCUCAGUGUGAUGAGGAGGGUCAGUAUAGGCCGCUGCAGUGCCACGGCUCCACUGGACACUGCUGGUGUGUGGACAGUAGAGGGCAGGAGAGAGCAGGAACCAGAACUCCACCCGGAUCGCCCAGAGUAAACUGUGAUCAACCUGUUCGUCCCAAGACCCACUGUGAGCAGCACAGAGACAGUCUUCAGAGUGGAAACGGUGGCGUUCCUGCGGUCGGAGCCUUCAUCCCUGAGUGUGAUGAGGAGGGUCAGUACAGGCCACUGCAGUGCCACGGCUCCACUGGACACUGCUGGUGUGUGGACAGUAGAGGGCAGGAAAGAGCAGGAACCAGAACUCCACCCGGAUCGCCCAGAGUAAACUGUGAUCAACCUGUUCGUCCCAAGACCCAUUGUGAGCAGCACAGAGACAGCCUUCAGAGUGGAAACGGUGGCGUUCCUGCGGUCGGAGCCUUCAUCCCUCAGUGUGAUGAGGAGGGUCAGUACAGGCCGCUGCAGUGCCACAGCUCCACUGGACACUGCUGGUGUGUGGACCGUAGAGGGCAGGAGAGAGCAGGAACCAGAACUCCACCUGGAUCGCCCAGAGUAAACUGUGAUCAACCUGUUCCUCCAACGCAGCGUCCAGAGAGCGUCUGUGAGCGCUGGAGAGCCAGUCUGUUACAGCAGUAUGGAGGUCAGCCAGAUUCCCAGCAUUAUCUACCUCAGUGUGACUCUGCCGGUGAGUUCAACCCGGUUCAGUGUUAUGGAGGCAGCAGCUACUGCUGGUGUGUGGACGCAAAUGGACGAGAAGUACCAGGAACCCGCUCACACGAUGCUGUGAAGCCAGCCUGUAUACCUACUGUGGCCCCGCCCACUGUGCACCCUCUGCCACGCCCAGAUGUGACUCCGCCUCCUUCUGGCACAUCUCUGCUCUAUGCCCAGGGCCAGCAGAUUGGAGUUUUGUCUCUCAAUGGCACACAGAUGGACAAGGAGAGAUCGUCAGUGCUGCUCGCUUUACAUGGCUCGAUAGUGGUUGGCAUUGAUUACGACUGCAGAGAAAGGAAAGUUUACUGGACAGAUCUGGCAGGACGGACAAUCAAUCGAGCCAGCCUGGAUCCGGGAUCAGAACCGGAGAUCAUCAUUAAUACAGCUCUGACGAGUCCUGAAGGUCUGGCUGUGGAUGUGGCCCGCAGGAGACUAUUUUGGGUGGACAGCACACAAGACAAAAUCGAAACGGCCAAUCUCGAUGGAAGUGACAGACGCGUUCUGUUUGGCACAGAUUUAGUAAAUCCCAGAGCCAUGAUCGUGGACUCGUCUACAGGAACCCUCUACUGGACUGACUGGAAUCGAGAGGCUCCUAAAAUCGAGAGCUCUUCUGUGGACGGGCAGAACCGAAGGGUCCUGGUACAGGAAGGCAUUGGACUGCCAAACGCUUUGACCUACGACUCUACCACUCGGCAGGUCUGCUGGGCUGAUGCUGGAACCAAGCGUCUGGAGUGUAUUUCACCAAACGGGACAGGCAGACGUGUGAUCCAGAGUAACCUAAACUACCCUUUCAGCAUGGUGUUCUUCGCCAAUCACUACUACUACACUGACUGGAGGAGGGACGGGGUCAUUUCUCUCGGUCGAGAUAACCAGUUAACAGAUGAGUACUUGCCUGAUCAGAGGUCUCAUUUGUAUGGUAUUACAGUCGCUCCUCCACAAUGUUCAUAAGGGAGAUGCUAAUAACAGAGCCAGCUUUACAUGGUGCUAUUUUUGGCUAAUUGUUUGAAGAGCUUGUGAGAAUCACAGCUGAGUCGUGAACCAAAGAGAAGGUUAAUGGAAGAAAACGCAAGUCUCGAUAAAUGCCAUCGUCAAUGCCAAAGUGCAAAUUUACAAACGUGAAACAGCGUGAAUAUUUUCUCAAAUAGUUUUGUAAAUUUGUUUUAUACCUCAUUUCUUUCUACUGUACUUUUGUAUGUGAUUUUUUUUUUUUUUGUUUAAAAAAAACUAACCAAUAAAAAAAAAACUCAAGAGUUUAGCUGUGUCGUUUUUACGUUUCGGAAAAGUAAAACAGUAUUUGGGUGAAAAAACGUUUGUAAGUGAAAUUGCUUUGAACAACCAAAGUGGUCUUUUACCAAAGUUAAUGUUUUAAAUCCUUUUUAUCUUUUGUAAAAUGUGAUAUUUAUAACAAUAAAAUGUGUUUGACAACUUUA